GCACAUCACUGACAACAACACACGUCAGUUCGCUCACAAUGGCGGAUGUGUCAUUUUUUAGCCGUGGAAGCAACCUAGCAGCCUACUAUAGCUAGAUUUGACAACUAAUUAAUUGACCAUAACUUGAGCAAUAUUGCAAAAUGUCUUGGUUUCAGGACCAGAAAGAGCUCGGCUUUUUACACAGUCUGGUCUUUAAAAUCAUUAAAAGUGGAAAUAUUCCAAAACAUGUUGCUAUCAUUAUGGAUGGCAAUCGACGAUUUGCCAGAAAACAUUGUCUGGAGAAAAAGGAUGGUCAUUCCAAAGGGUUUGAAAAACUUGCACAGGUUUUACAUUGGUGCUUUGAACUUGGGAUUCCUGAGGUUACAGUUUAUGCUUUCAGUACAGAGAACUUUAAAAGGUCAGAAGAAGAAGUAAAUGGUUUAAUGGCACUUGCAAAAGAGAAGUUUGAUAGACUCAUGGAGGAAAAGGAUAUGAUAAUGAAGUAUGGUGUCUGUGUUCGUGUUCUUGGUGAUGCUAGUCUUUUGCCAGAAGAUGUGCGGACUUCAGUUGCCAGAGUUGUGGAUUUCUCAAAAAUGAAUUCAAAAUCAACCUUGAAUGUGGCAAUGGCAUACUCAUCAAGACAUGAAAUAACUGAAGCUGUCAAGGAAAUUGCCGCUGGCAUAAAAAAUGGCCUUCUCGCGAAAAAUGAUUUGAAUGAGUUGCUUCUUGAAAAGUGCCUGUAUUCAAGAAAAUCUGCAGAUGUGGAUUUGCUAAUAAGAACAUCUGGUGAAGUUCGAUUGAGCGAUUUUCUCAUGUGGCAGUCCUCCUACUCUAUGUUGGCGUUUGUUGAUGAACUUUGGCCAGAAUUUACAAUAUGGCAGUUCUUGAAAUGUGUCCUUUCUUAUCAACUUGGGUAUAGCGUUUUACAAGAUACACGAAAGACAUUACAGCAGAGGCAAAUUCAUGACAUAACGAUACAAGACAUGAUUCAAGCUCAAAGAAAUAUUUUAGAGACAGUUGAAAGAGGGGAGCAUAUGGGUGAAAAUGCAGGGAGCACUGAACAAAUUUGGCUAAAUGAUGAACUAAAAAAGGUGACUCUGGAUAGGGAAUGUAGAGUUGAGAGGUUUUUGGCCAAUUUGGAGCAAAAAAGAAAUUCAUUGAUGCAAAGUUAGCUAAUUUAAUUCGAGUUUAUUGGAAUAGGGUCUAAUGAUUAAAUUAAUUUUUGCGUACUUAUUUCCUCGAUAUAUUCUAAUGGGCCAGAUACCAAAGAGCUAUUACUACAAUGCUUAUAAUUAAGAUAUUUUGUCAUUUGUGUGGCAAUUUGGUUAUCUUUGAA